CCUCUCACUGCCUGCUGCUGCUGGAUAGCUAGCAGCAGGAGCACCAUUACUUCUCUCUGUGUCUCUCUGAGCACAUAAUAAUAAUCUCACACCACACGGUGGUCUCUCUCUUUCUCUGUCUCAAGCAAGCAAGAUACUAGUGUAGAGCGAGGGGAAGAGAUGAAGACGAUGAUGGAUAGCAUGGACGCGGCGAGGAUCACAGAGUACUUCAAGGGCAAGAGCAUCCUCAUCACCGGCUCAACUGGCUUUCUUGGAAAGAUUCUUGUGGAGAAGGUACUGCGGGUGCAGCCUGAUGUCCACAAGAUGUACCUCCUCGUGCGAGGGAUCGACGCCCCAUCUGCAAAGCAACGCGUCCAACAAGAGGUGAUAGAAACAGAGCUGUUGGGCCUCCUGAGGGAGAAGCAUGGCAACGGGUUCCAGCGGUUUAUCGAGGAGAAGGUUGUUGCUUUAGCCGGAGACAUCAUGAAUGACAACUUGGGGCUGGAGGUUCCCAGGUUGGAGGAACUGGCAAAGGAGAUCGACAUCAUUGUCAACAUAGCUGCAACAACCAACUUCUACGAAAGAUAUGAUGUCUCCUUGGAUGUGAACGUGAUGGGAGUGAAGCACCUGUGCCAGUUCGCCAAGCAGUGCCCCAAGCUCAAGAUGCUCAUGCAUGUCUCCACUGCUUUCGUGUCCGGCGACAGGGAGGGGCUGAUCCUGGAGAAGCCAAUCAAUCCCGGCGAGUCGCUGCUGGAAGGCGUGUUCCUCGACGUCGACGCCGAGCUGCGCCUCGUCAGGGACGUCAAGAAGGAGCUCAAAGCCACCGACGUCGCUCGCAAUACGGAGCGGAAGGCCAUGAAGGAGCUCGGUCUCCAAAGGGCUCGUCACUUUGGGUGGUCCAACACGUACGUCUUCACCAAGGCCAUGGGGGAGGUGCUUCUCGGCCAGCUCCGCGGCGACAUCCCGGUGGUGAUCAUGCGCCCCAGCAUCAUCACCAGCGUCCGGGCGGACCCGUUGCCGGGGUGGAUGCUGGGCACACGCACCAUCGACACGCUCAUCAUCGGCUACGCCAAGCAGAACCUCUCCUGCUUCCUCGGCGACCUCAACAUGGUCAUGGACGUCAUCCCAGGGGAUAUGGUGGUGAACGCGAUGAUGGCGUCCAUGGUGGCACACUCGGAGGAGAGGGGGGCGCAGGUGGUGUACCACGCCACCUCGUCCCUGCGCAACCCGGCCACCUACAACGUGCUCUACGAGUCCGGCAGACGGCACUUCACGGAGAACCCGCGCGUGGGGAAGAACGGCGAGGUCAUCCCUAACAGGGAGAUGCACUUCUUCACCACCAUCGCACGGUUCCACGUCUACAUGAUCCUCACCUACAAGCUGCCCCUGGAGAUUCUGCAUUUGGUGAAUCUGCUGCUCUGCGGGAUCUUCUCGCGGCUCUACAACGACCUCAACCGCAAGUACAAGUUUGUGAUGCAUCUUGUUGACGUCUAUGGCCCCUUCGCCUUCUUCAAAGGAUGCUUUGAUGAUAUGAACUUGGAGCGGCUGAGGUUGACGAUGGCCAUGAAGACCCCUGAAGAUCAAAUGUUCAAUUUCGAUCCCAAGACCAUCGAUUGGGACGAUUAUUUCUACAGAAUCCACAUACCUGGUGUUCUUAAGUACGUCUGCAAGUGAAGACUUAUUUUCUUGCUUCGUCACCUUCUUAAAUAAUAAAUGAUAUCAAUCAUUUGGUGUACCUGUAUUGGGGUGAUUAAAAAAGAUGUUACCUGUUGACUAGACUGUUAAAUGUAUCGGUGAAGCACCAUAUCUUAAAUAAUGAUAAAUGUGUGCUUGUGUUAGGUGGAAGCCUAUCUGAAUUCUGAACUUGUAGUAGUUGUCUGUAUCAAUUACAAUGAAAAAGAUAUGUAAUCUCUGUCUGUUUCAAUGAAACUGAGAACCACAACUAAUCAGAAAGUAGUGUGGUGCUGAAGAAUGUUUAGUCCAA